AUGCCCGCGCGCAUCUCGCCACCACCAGCGGCCAAUGCCAGCUCCGGCCUCAGCAAAGAACAGCUCGACUUCUGGAACAUGAAUGGCUACCUCCUCAUCCCAGACGCCCUGGAUCCGUCGACGACAAAGUCAUUGCUGGAAGAAGCUCACAAGAUGCUCGACAACUUCUCGCUCGACGACCAUCCCAUGACAAAGUUCAGCACUGGCGAGAAGAGCGACCAUGUUGGCGACGACUAUUUCCUGGAUUCGGGCGACAAAGUCCGCUUUUUCUUUGAAGAGGACGCCUUUGACGACCAAGGCAACCUUACAAAGCCAAAGUCCAAAGCCAUCAACAAAAUCGGCCACUACCUCCACGGUCUCUCUCCUCCCUUCGCUGCCUCCUCCCUCUCUGCCUCCAACUCGGCAAUCGCAAAAUCCCUCGGCUUCCACGACCCGCGUAUCCUCCAAAGCAUGAUCAUCUGCAAGCAACCAGAAAUCGGUGGCCGUGUCCCCCCUCACCAAGACUCCACUUUCUUAUACACGGAUCCUCCUUCUGCAGUGGGCUUUUGGUACGCACUAGAAGACGCAACGGCAGAAAACGGCUGUCUCUCCUUUGCAGCAGGCUCCCACCGUCGCGCUCCCAUCCGCAGUCGCUUCGUCAGGAAAUACGAACAAGACGGCACACCCACACCCACACCCACGGGCACCGGCUUCUCUGAAAACGAAGGCUCCCAAUGGCCAGCAGACCUCAGCGAAGACGCAGAAAUCAAAAAAGAAGUCUAUGAAUUGGGCGAGGUCAAAGCAGGAACUCUGGUCCUCAUACAUGGAAACCUUUUACACAAGAGCGAGAAGAAUACUAGUAUCAAGGGGAGAAUGAUUUAUACCUUUCAUUGCAUCGAGGGUGAAAAUGACUAUGAUGGUAGGAAUUGGUUGCAGCCGCCGAAAGAUGGGUUUAGUAGGUUGAACAUGUCAUAG